AUGCCCUUAUCCUUGUUCAAGAAAUUGGGUCUGGGAGCUCCAAGACCAACUACUGUGAUGUUGCAGCUGACUGAUAGGUCCAUAACACAUCUUGAGGGAGUGAUUGAAGAUGUGUCGCUGCAAAUUGGGAAAUUUAUCUUUCAUGCAGACUUCAUUAUCCUAGAUUAUGAGGCUGAUGAAUUGGUUCCAAUCAUAUUGGGACGACCUCUCUUGGCUAUUGGUGAUGCAAUUAUUAAAGUGAGAGAGGGAAAAAUGAUUUUGAGGGUGGAUAGCAAGGAAGCAGUCUUUAAUGUCUACAAAGCAAUCCAACUUCCCCGCCACUAUGAGGAGCUCUCAAUGAUAUCUGUUGUGGAGGUUGAUGACUAA